AUGGUUAGUGUGCACGCUCUCCAUGAAGCAGCCGCCCGACUAAAUUCUACCGAGCUGGAGGAAAUCUUGGCUGCCGGGGUGGAUGUGAAUUCCACGGAUAAAGAUGGCAACACAGCCUUGCACAUUGUCAUGAAUAACGAAUUUCAGGGUCACCUGAAUGAAGACUUGGUCACCGGGUGCGUCGACGUCUUGCUCCGAUACAAAGCGAAUCAUCGGGCACCCGGUCACAACAAUCAGACACCGUUGGAGCUCGCAAUUACGAACAAGUUGUAUUCAUGCAUCCAUUUACUUCUUAAAGCGGGGGCCGACAUGGUGAGCAGCCUUGCCACCGAGUUACCUAACGUCAUAUUAGAGCGGUUGGAUGACGGGGUAACAUAUUACCAGGAUACGGAGGGCACUGAUAUCAUCCAGUUGGAUUGGAGACCUGUGUUGGGCUAUAGCGACAAGCGCUACAAGGACGAAAACAGCAUAAAGUUACCUCCAGAAAGUGAAUUCAUGUAUAAAACUAUUACCGCAAAGAUAAAGAACUUGGUGGACAAGGAGGCGAUAAUUAACCACCCCUUGGUCAAGGCUUUCAUCCACCUAAAACUUGCCGAAAUCCCGAAACGCUACAAAAUGAUUCAAGUAUUCGAGAUCGUUUACUUGUGUCUGAUGGCCUUGUUCAUCUACACGCUGUACUUUCUUCGCUGUCCGCUAAAUGGUUUAGAUUCCAAAGGAACGACUAACACCGACGGUACGACCUCCACAAGUACGGACUCCAGCAGUACCAUCGAUCCGCAACAAUUCACCGAUGAAACUACGGAAGACUAUAUGUUCCCUCCGGAAGAGGAGAGCACCGGAGAAAAAUGUGAUAUCAACAUUAUCACCGUUUUCCAAUGCUAUAUCGUGCUACUCCUGACGCUCGUCUUUUUUGGAAGGGAUGGAUACUUGGUGUACAGAGUGGCAAUUCUCUUCAUUUCGAUUCACUCUUUAAUUCAGCUUGAGACCUUUAAAAUUUUCGCCGUCUAUGUGGAGACCUUUGUUUCGAUGCUGAUAACCGUGUGUAAACUGCUUCUCCUCUUUUCCCCGAUGUACUUAGGAUUUUACAUGGGAUUUAACCUAAUGUUUGACGACCUCGCGAGAGUGUUUUCCUUCAUAACGAUGUCCGUGGAUGCCGGUACAGACACCUUUUCCGCGAUAGGUGACGCCUCGAAGGAGAAUUCUUACACGUUUGAACUCAUCUCGAAAGUUUUCGCGUUCACGUUUAUCGUCGUGAUGUCGAUUGGAUUUAUGAAUUACGUGUUGGCCACGUCCAUCGACGAUGUUCAGGGUCUAAAACAAGAAGCCAAAGUUACCCGGGUGCUUCGUCAGGUUCGCAACAUUUUGCAAGUUGAUCAGCGCAGCAGGUCUUUCAGAUUGGUGAAGCAUGAUCCCAAAAUGGAGACCAGCUACUUUUACACAUACAAACCAAUUGAGGAAAAGCAAAAACUAAGUGCAGAAAUAAUGCUGGAAAUUACGUUGUUGCUGAAGGCCAAACGGGACGCUCAAGUGGAUGAAGCUGGAGACGAACCAGAUGAGUCUGGCACCUCAAGAGCGUAA